CUGUUCAUGAAGGUGACGGAAGUGCGCUACGGUUUAAAGAAGGCUGCUUGGGUAAUAAAGGACACAGGGGGAGCUGUCCGUUGGCCUGGGUGCUGAAAUAUAAUUCCAAGUCGUUGUGUCCAGUAGUAUAACAUUUGAAAGUAAUGUAAGGCCGUGUCUAAAGAGGAAUUAAUGAUUGGAAAAUGUUUGUGUAGCCUAUGAAGCAAAGGAGGAAAACAUGGGAUUAUAUCACGUCGAGAGUUCCUUUGACGAAGACAUUUGGUUGAGGACUAUCCUUCCCUAAACUAUAUUCAGUUCACAGCAGUCCACCAGCCUGAUGCAUUGGGGACCAUAGAGUGAACCAAGAUGCCUAAGAUCAGCACGGAGCAGUCUUAUCCCAGCCACGGCCGCUGUUCGGUAAACACCCCCGACAACCUGGACCAGAUUGAGAGUGGCAGCAGCCAUGAGGACCAACUGGACCCCUCCUUCACGGGGACAGGAGGCAUGUCCAGGCUGUCUCGCUUCAUGGUGUUGGUGAAGGGCUGGUCAUCUCACAGUAGUCAGCCCUCAGAUGACCUUCCUUUAGACUCAACCAUGAAGUCACACACAGAGUUCAGAGAGGCCUGGAGGGCAGAGAGCAUGUCCAACACCAGACUCUCUGACCAAGUCCGCAGGAGGAACAAUGGUCAAUGGCCCCUUGCAGCAUACAAUAUGAACAACUGCAACAACAAGGAUGACAAAAAAGACGAGAAGAAGGAUGAGAAGAAACCGGAUCCCCCGAAGCCACCUGAUAAGAAACCGGAUGAGAAGAAACCGGAUCCCCCCGUAAGUAUAUUCAGAUUCUAUAGUUAUAUGGAAGUCUUAUAUGUAUAA